UUUGCUCUUGGUAACGCGGUAACGCAACGCGCACGUACACAACACAUCCGAAUUCGAGUCCCCUGCUCUCAUUUCGUCGCUUAUUUCAAGAUUUCUAGCGCUCAGAUCUGCCAUCAGGUUGGUGGUCGUCUCCACUCUACGGCUAUCCUCGUUUGCUGAAUGCUACAUAUCAGCGGAAAAGCUCAGUUUUUACUGUUCUCUCGUUUCGGUGCUUUCAGUGGGCUGUGCGUUUCGAUUCGCAGAACAUAGGACUGGCAGUAGCAAAAUAAGAGGGCGAUCGAGAAAACGAAACGCUACUUUGACCUGUGAACAUUAUCAUUAUCUAAGGGAGUCUUGAAGGGAUUCGUAGUUUCACCAUAAAGAGUUCUUCACAUUGGAAAUACGAGAUGUCGGUGAGUUGAUGGUCAGCUGUUGUGUUAAACAUGAGCCUCCAAGUAAUAUCGGAGAAUAUCCUGCCAGUCCCAGACCCACAGAAAGAGGACGAAUCGCUUCACAAAGAAAUCUUCUCAAGUCUUAAAGAAGUGUCCAGCUUCCUGGUGGAGUUGAGACUCGCCCACCUGUCAGACCGACACGAGAAGGAGCGCGGCAGACUCGAGAAACUCGUCUCGGCCCUUCGCCUCAAGAUCGCGGAGCAUGUUCACUCAAGCCAGCGGUAUAACUGCGUCAAGUCCCCCAGACCCGUCCGCAAAACAGGACCUAGCCGCCAAAACGUGACCGAUAGCCUCUACACGUUUUCCACUCAGCUACAUCACGCUGAUCGCGAGGAGCGCAAGAAAAGCCUCUCGCCUGAGCUGCUUCGCCGUACAUCUUACUCGCCAGAGGCGAAACGAAGGCUGGAAGUGCAACGUCCGAAAAUCCGACCACGGUCUAUCUCGUGUCCGGAAAUUAAGUACAUUCCUCCUCAUAGCUGGAAAACUUCGCUGGCUAAGGUCCCGGAAAAUGAGGAGGAAGACGAAGGGCCCAGAUCACCAAAAAACUGACUAAUUGAUUUCGUGCGUCUCGGGAUUAUUUCUUUUCUUGGGCAAUUUCGAGGGCGAAUAUUCACCAAGAAUUCACUGCCUCGGUCGCCAUGGAUACGGUCUUUGAGUGACGUCUUCUAUACACCAUUUGGAAUAUUCUUAUGGUUUAUAUAUGGUUUAUAUACGUAAAAUAAAACACCAGACGCUGAUACUGACUGUGAAAUGGGAGGAAGUAUUUGGCCAAGGUCAGGCCAAUUCUAGAAAGCGAAGCAAACAUAAGAGUUCAAACACAUGGUGAGCGGAUAAUUCUCACCAGCAAAAAGUUGUUUUAGGGGUCUUGAUUGGUUAAAGUUGUCAAUCAGGUCUAAAAACUAAUAAAAGUAAAUAAUUCAGCAUAUAAUAAGACGCAGGUUACUGUGACUACAGUUUUGAGAAGUUAGCCAAUCAGAGUGUGGGAAAUAUAAUUGAUUAACAAGAGCUCCACUAAGCUAAUGAGCCUGGCAAAAAGGCUUCAUUUCCGAAGAACUGAAAGAGCCCUUGGCAGCCAUACUUUUGUUAUUGUUUUCAUUUGGAUUGGUUUUCAAAAUCCCGUACAACAAAAUGUAAUGUUAAAGUGUAAUAGUCAAGCCAGAACAAAAGAGAAUAAAGACAUUACAGUGUAUUAGUACUAAAUAAACAUUUAAAUGCUUAUAAUAGUAUUCCAUGGGUUUUUGAAAACCACUUUUAUAUUGAACGAGAAAUAAUUUGCUAAAAUCUCGAAACAGUCAACAUAACUAUCUAAAAACAAAGUUUAAUACUUCCAAAUUCAAUAGAAAAUAUCGCAAUAGGUUCCCUAAAUCAGCCGAUUGAAAUGGAUGCUUUCUGACACUUGGAUGACAAAUUGGCGGCUGACACCGGUGGACUCGGGAGAUCGUGUCUCAAACUGCCCGCUUCCUCAUAGCGAUAUGCUUACUUCAAGCCACAAUAAUAGAUUACGUCAAAUAAGACAUAGCUGGAGUUUGGAUGGGGUAAAAUAUAUUUAGAAGUGCUUGAACAGUCGGGGGAACAUAGGUGACAGUGAGUGUGGUUACCGGAUAGCCGAGAUGUCAAACGCGUAACGCUAUCCAUAAAAAAUAUCCUCCUGCG